AUGGCCGUUCAGGUGCACAACGCCGUUCAGCUCUUCAAGAGGGCUGGACUCCUCGGUGGUCUUCUCGGCGGCGAUGACGACGACGACUCGAGCGCGACCAGCACCGCUGCGUCGGCCGCCGCAACCAAGAACUCUGGCUUGCUCGGCGGUCUCGACGACGGUCUCAGCUCCGUCGGCGCCGGCCUCACCAGCGGCGUUGGCGAGGUCACGUCCGCCCUCGGCGGCCUGGCCCCGUCGGCCACGACAACGAGCUCGUCCGCGGCAGCGACUUCCUCCGUUGCGUCCACGACCCCGUCUGCGACGGUCGCUUCUUCGACUUCAAUUUCUUCGUCCUCGAGCAGUGCUCUUACUACAUCUUCUUCUACAAGUUCGGUGCCGCUGAGCAGCGCCCCGCUUUCUUCUUCCAGCUCCGCUCCGCUCUCGUCGGCGACGUCCUCGGCAGUUUCCAGCGCCGCUAGCUCGACUAUCACUGCGGCACCCUCCGUCUAUGUAGCGACCGAGGGUGGACAGGCCGUGACCAUCACCUCGCACAUCACCGCUCAGGCUGCAGAGUCCACGAGUUCGGCCGCGCCCGCUCCGGCAGGUUUCCUACAGAACAAGGGGGCCGUAGCCGGCACGUUCACUGUUGUGGGCCUAGUCGUGCUUGUUCUUCUCUUCAUCGCCUCGACAUGGUGCAUUCGCCGUAACAAGCGCAACCGUCUUCUCGAAGAGGCCGUCGACUGGUCUCCUCAGACACACCUUGCCGGUGGUGCCGCUGCCGACACUGAGAAGGGUUACCCGUCUGAUCUCUACCGCACCAACUCCGGAUCGAGCAACAACAGCCGCUCCACAUCGAAUCGUUACCCGGCCCCUUCGACGUACCGUGACCACCCCCAGCCGCCGCUCCCGAGCCAGAACAUGAGUCAGAACAUGUAUGGCAAUGGUGGAAACGCGUACGGUGGUUACUACGAUAAGCCCGUUCCGGCUGCUCCAGGUUCGCAGUACGCCGGUUCGCAAUACGCGCCGAGUAUUGCUCCGAGCCAGCGUACCCAGCAAGCGUACGGCCAGACGACGUACGGACAAUACCCGGCUUACAACCAGGCUCCGCCCCCUCCGUCGCUCCAGCCGGCCCAGAACCCGUUCAACCCGAACGCGAAUGUGGCGCUCGCAGCGCCGCCUUUCGAUCGCUCGCAUGCGCGCACCCCGUCGCCCACUGACAGUGACAUGGCGUAUCUCGGCUAUGUCGAUGCUCCUGGCAAUGGUGUGCGGCUUGGCCGUAAGGUCAGCCUGACCAAGGCUACGGCCACUACGGUCCAACAUGGGUCCGCAGAGGGCGCACCUGACGGGCCGUCGGCGCUCAAGGUCGUCAACGAGUGA